AAAUUUGUCACAAUUCGUCUGGUUACCAGACAAGACGCAUUUCUUCAUUUUUUUUUGUCGAAGUUUUUUAUUUAUUAAAUUAAUACGACUGGUAGUGAAUUUUGUCAAGCAGUAACAAAGAAAAAAGGCAUCAAACUGGCGGAGAAAAAAGUGCAGAUGGCAUUAUGCCAAACAUCAGUGCUGAAAGUGUAUCAUGCCGUGAUUGAAGAUGUCAUCUCGAAUGUGCGCGACGCCUUUCUGGAUGAGGGCGUCGACGAGCAGGUGCUGCAGGAGAUGAAACAGAUCUGGCGCAAUAAGCUGUUAGCAAGUAAGGCGGUUGAAUUGAAUCCAGAGCCGGGCGAGCCGGGUCAUCAUCCACCGCCCAUUGUGGCCAACAAUCCAAAGGCUGCCAAUGCCAAAGCCAAAAAGGCUGCUGCCGCUGCGGCAGCCUCCCAACAGAACAGCAACAACAACGGCGCCGGAGCAAGUGGCGGCAUGAACACGUCUGGGGACAGCAAUAAGCCAGCAACACCAGCUGCGGCAGCUGGUAAAUCUCCAGCACUGACUGCAGUUGGCGGUGGAGGCAUCAUUAAGAAUGGUGGCAUCGGAGCCAUCAAGCAGGAGGUCACAUCACAGAAUCCGCCACCGUUGCAUCCCACAUCGGGUGCGGCGUCAAUGCUGCAGAAGCAACAGCAGGCUGCCGCUGCUGGUGGCGGCGGCAACGCAGCUUCUGGUGGUCAGACACCCAUACCAAUUGUAUCGCAAUUGGACCCCAAUCGCAUAAUGCCUGUGAAUAUUACGUUACCUUCGCCACCUGGCUCAACAAGUUCGGAAUCUCGUGUGCUCACCAUACAAGUGCCAGCAUCGGCACUGCAAGAGAAUCAGCUGACCCAAAUAUUAACAGCUCAUCUGAUUUCAUCGAUCAUGUCAUUGCCCACCACAUUAGCCUCAUCCGUGCUGCAGCAGCAUGUGAAUGCGGCUCUCACCAAUGCCAAUCAUCAGAAGAAUAUUGCCAUUGCUAAGCAAUUGGAUGGCGCUUUGGAUUCGUCGGAAGAGGAUGAGAGCGAGGAGAGUGAUGAUAAUAUGGAUAAUGAUGACGAUGAUGAUUUGGACAAAGACGAUGACGAUGAUGCUGAGCAUGAGGAUGCUGCCGAAGAGGAGCCCUUGAAUAGCGAAGACGACGUCACCGAUGAGGACAAUGCCGAGGUCUUUGACACAGAUAACGUUAUUGUGUGCCAGUAUGAUAAGAUCACACGAUCGCGCAACAAAUGGAAAUUCUAUCUCAAGGAUGGCAUCAUGAAUAUGCGCGGCAAGGAUUACGUAUUUCAAAAGUCGAACGGCGAUGCUGAAUGGUAAUCGAAACUAGCACCAACACAACAAAAUAAAAAGCAGAGCGUAAAACAUGAAUCCAUAAAAUGAAACAAACAAAAAGACAGAACGAAAUGCCUCACAGUACGCCUUCAGCAAACAAAAAACACAGCAAUAAAUACGUUACUAAGCACCCCCAUCUGAUCAGGUCAUCAUACCAUAACAACUUCUUCAUUUCAAGCUCGUAGCGAGCGUACACCAUUUGAGCGUAUAGCUUCUCUUUGAGUGCAACCAUCCGUCUAAGGAACGUUUGUCUCUGGCGGCUGUGGUGAUACUCAGUGCCGCAACCCACAUGUUGCCACCCAUUGAGGAGGGCCCGAACAAAUUUUCUUCACAGAAUUCUCUUCAGAAAGCUUGUUCUUGGUCUUCCCCAAUGGGUGGCAACUUGAGGGUUGCGCCACUGUGUAUCACCACAGACGGCAGAGUUUUUUCCUCCGUCGCCACCACGUUACUUGCACCCCAUCUGAUCAGAUCAUCAUCCCAUAAUAACGUCGUGACCAAUAGAUGGCAGCUAACCAAAAACACCAAACAACAGAAUAUCCCGAAACAAAUUAUCUUCAGACAGUUUGUUUUUGGCCUUCCUCAAUGGGUGGCAACUUGUGGGUUGCGACACUGCGUAUCACCACAGCCGCCAGAGUUUUUUCCUCCGUCGCCACCACCACGUUUCUUGCACCCCAUUUGAUCAGAUCAUCAUCCCAUAAUAACCAAAAGCACCAAACAACAGAAUAUCCAAUGGCCAAGUUAAUUGUUUGGGUAUAGCAAAAAUAUUGUAUCGAACUAUUUGUACUGAGUCAUGUUGAGUGGUGUUUCAAUUUAACAACUUGUAAUCGUAAUUUAUGUAUUAAUUACACUGCUGCAUAUUUAAUGUCAAUAAAAACGGAAAUUUUGUAAUGCAA